AUGCACGAAAAAGAAUUUCUGUUAACGUUCACCGUACUGUUGCACAUAUCGGCGUACGGUGUGGUUACCGCCGGAUCGCGAACCGGUGUGUACAUGGACAAUGGCGUCCAGACGGUCAAGCAAGAUUUCAUGUCGGUCGAGGAGCGAAACGAAGUUGAACAAGAGAUACUGACCAUGUUUGGUGUGCCGAAAAUACCACGAAAAUCUCCAAAGAACCUGGACGGUUCGGCACCACAGUUUUUGUUUGAUGUCUAUAGAUCCAUACAACAAGAUGGUUCGCAUGACAGAAGAGAAAGAAGUGUUUCGGAUGUUGGUCAAUACGAUGAUCGCACCGUAGAAGACAGUGAUGUCAUUGUCACACUAUACCUAUCAAAUCAUUCUCCAGUUAGUAAUGUUCGGCACGAACAUGGUAAACGGAUUUUAUUUGAAUUAAAUGAUGUACCGCCAGAAGAAACUCACAUGAUUACUUCAGCUGAGGUUCAUUUGUACCAAUCUGGUAGUUCAAGUAAUGUUAAGCAGUACUCUGUAACUUUGUAUCAAGUUUUAGUUUCAAAUAAUGGAGAAAAAGAAUUAGAAUAUGUGGAUACCCAAAACACUACAACAGAUUAUGAUGGAUGGCUUCGAUUUAAUGCAACUGGUACUCUAGUUUCAUGGACCCAUUAUUCAUACCCCAAUAGAGGAUUCUAUGUUUCUGUACAUUCUCAUGAUAAUCGAGAACACGAACUCAAACCAGAAGAAAUUGGUAUGGUGACUUGGGCUGACAAACAUCAAUUAUCUGAAGCAAAAAAACCUUUUAUGGCUGUUUAUUUGAAGUCCAGAAAUGGAGGUAAUAUAGUUGGUGGUCCUUCUCUUCAAAAACAUUAUAGACGAAGAAGAAGGAAAACUGUUGAAAGUAGUUACAACUCAAACCCAUUUCAAAAUGUAGCAGAAGGGUUUCAAUCUAGAAGUUGUCAAAUACAAACAUUAUACGUGAGCUUCAGAGAUCUUGAAUGGCAGGAUUGGAUAAUAGCUCCAGAUGGUUAUGGUGCAUUUUAUUGCACCGGUGAGUGUAAUUUCCCACUCAAUGCUCAUAUGAAUGCGACUAACCAUGCAAUUGUUCAGACAUUGGUGCAUUUGAUGAGUCCUAUACAGGUCCCUAAACCAUGUUGUGCACCAACAAAAAUGGCUCAACAAGCAGUACUAUUUUUUUUGGAAGAUAAUAACGUUAUAUUAAAGAAGUAUAAGAACAUGAUAGUUAAAAGUUGUGGGUGCCAUUAA